CACCUGAAGGCCUUCUCAGAGACUCCCACGGCUCCGCAGGCGCGUCUUCAAUUCUGUCUCCUCUGCGUCUGUACCUGCAAGUACGUUUUGCACGCAGCCGGGUGAACACAGACGGGGACGCCAGCUCCGCUGGUCAUGGCCUAUCCGGGAUACGGAGGAGGGUUUGGAAAUUUUAGUGGUCAGAUGCCUGGAAUGCAGAUGCUGAUGGGACAGCCAGUGCCAGGAGCAGGGCCAUAUGUGCCCCCUGGUGGAUACUUGGGAUACCCAGCUUAUUCCAACAGUUAUUCAGCGGAAGACCCCAUGUGGAGGUACUUUACUGAUGUUGCUGGACAGGAUGGUGAAGUGGAUGCAGAAGAACUUCAGAAAUGUUUGACACAGUCUGGAAUUAGUGGAACUUAUUCUCCCUUCAGUUUGGAAACCUGCAGAAUUAUGAUUGCCAUGUUGGAUAGAGAUUACACAGGAAAAAUGGGAUUUAAUGAAUUCAAAGAACUUUGGACAGCCCUUAAUGGCUGGAAACAAAACUUCGUAACCAUUGAUCAAGACCAGAGCGGCACAGUGGAGCACCAUGAACUUAACCAAGCCAUCGCCGCUAUGGGUUAUAGGUUGAGUCCUCAAACAUUAAGUGCUAUUGUUAAACGUUAUAGCAAGAAUGGCAGGAUCUUCUUUGACGAUUAUGUUGCUUGUUGUGUGAAGCUUCGAGCAUUGACAGAUUUCUUUAGGAGAAGAGAUCACUUACAACAAGGGGUUGUGAAUUUCGUAUAUGAUGAUUUUUUGCAGGGCACUAUGACAAUUUGAAUGCCUAGAAUUUGAAAGCUGAAGAAAGUACUGUGAAUGUUUCUGACUGGAAGAAACAAAUUGGACUACUUUGACUUAAAGCUUUUGGCGGGGCUUCUCCAUGUUUCUACCUGUUAAAUCUCUUCCCUUCAUGAUAUAUAUAUGAAAGUGAUAUAUAUAUAUAUAUAUAUAUAUAUCACUUUAAAGUGAUAUAUAUAUAUAUCACUUUAAUUUGUUAUAUAUAAAAAUAAUGUGUUUUCAUUGUAGCACACAAUUCAAAACAAUAAAAGAUGUUUUUGUAUUUGGGAUGUUUCUGCUUUUAGAAAAGUUAUCACUUUAUGGAUAUCUGUAUAAUGUCAUCAAAUAUUGCUGUAUGAUUAAUUGAUGUAAAUAUCUCUUAACUUUAAUUUUUAAGAUUAUAUAUAUAAGAAGCCAAAUGAUAAAAGCCUAUAUGAAACUAAUUUAUACUUACCUGCAGGUUACAAAUGUUACUUUCAAUUUUUGUUGGGAUUUGUAGGCGAGCUAGAAGGGCAAUCCUGGAUUUUGUGCCACAGUCAUAAUGGGGUUCAUUCUUAAUCACAUUAUUAGAGAACAGAAACUCACAAGUCUUUGUGAAGAAGGACACUGUAGUUCCUAAAAUUUUAUUUUAAAUUGCCUUAGGUGGGCAAUAAAAUAAUAUAUAGUGAAAUAGGACUAUAGGAGGCAUGAUUUUUCCUUUUUUAUUCUUUACAUACUUUUUUCAGUGUGUUUUGUUGGCAUCUAUGGAAAAAAGUUUUUAAACAACUUUUCUCUCUGCACUUUAAUUUGUUACUGAAGACACAGAUUACCUAAAAUGGCAUCUUUUGCUAAAUCUAGAUUUUUCUGGAAAUGAUACAUUUUAAUGAAAUGUCAACAUUUAGAUUUUCUGUUAAACUUAAUUGUUGUUUAUAUAUGAUGCCAACUGUUCAUAACAUUAGAAAAAGUCAAGUGAUAUACCACUUUGCUUAAAUAUUCAGAAAUUAAAACUCUGACUUUCCUGACAGUAUUCGCUGGUGGUUUGGGCGUUAGGAAGCCAGUAAGUCUUUCGGCAUCUGUGGGUGUGGAGCAUCGCAGACGCCCAGCCACGUUUCUGAGUGAGAGCACUCUUGCAGUUGCAAAGUUGGGUCACCAGGUUUUUAGCCUUUAAAAUCCCUGGUAUAAGCUCUUAUAAUUAAGCCAGACCCUUUUUUGGCAAAACCUUAAGUUCUUCUUAAUGAAGAUUUACUAAAACACAUAUUUUUCUUACACAUGAGCUGAGUAUCUUCUCCAGAUUAAAUGCGAAUACAGUAGUCCCCCUGAUCCAUCCAGGUGGAUGCAUUCCAAGACCCACCAAUGAUGCCUAAAACCAGAAAUAGUACCUAACUCUCUUUAUACUAUGUUUUUUCUGUACAUACACAUAUGUGGUAAAGUUUAGUUUGUAAAUUAAAUGCAGUAAGAAAUUAACAACGGGAGCAAUAUACUGUAUUAAAAGUUAUGUGAAUGUGGCCUCUUUCUAUGUCCUAAAAUAUCUUAUUGUACUGCACAUGCAGCAUGGACAUGGUGGCCAAAGGGAUGAGUCAUGUCCCAGGAGGGAUGGCCUGGGGCAGCUGGAGAUUUCUUCACACUGCUCAGAACAGGGCGCAGUUUGAAACUUAUGAAUUAUUUUUGGAGUUUUCCAUUUUAUAACUUUAGACCACAGCUGACCUCAGGUAACUGAAACCAUGGAUAUGGGGCCACUACUGUAUAAAUUGACAUAACUUUAGUAUAGCUGGUGACCAAAUUAAUACAGUUUUUAUAAAACUAUGUUUCUUUAAAAAUGGAGGAUGAAUGGUUAGUGGUAUCUUGAAAAAAAAACAUGUUAUGAACAUAUAAUUUUAAAUCAACUUUUACUUUAAAAAAACCCUGGAAAUGACAUAAUUAUAAUCAUUUUGAAAUUAAUAAUUUUAUAUACUUGACUGUUAAAUUCAUUUGGUCUGUUUUAUAAAAUAUGUAUAUAAAUCCAUAUAAUUUGUACCUUUGGCUGAAAAAUUUUUUCUUAAAUAUAUUUGAUAAUGUGAGGUGGUAUUAACUGAACCAUAAAAAAUAAUUUUAAAUGGAAUUAUUGUAGGAAAAAGCUAAUGUAAGCACACUGUCAUUCACAUUGAAGAAGGAUGAUGAUAUGGCUUAGCAGUCUAGAAUCUUAACACCCAGCUUAUAGGUGGUUCAGUUACUAUACUGUUCUGAAGUCAGUUGUGAUUGACUGAAAUAUUAACAUGUCAUGUUAGCAUGGUAGUUUGUACUGGUUAAUUCAUGCCCGGCUUUCUUAUGAUCUAAAUUAUUGAAUAAUGUACACUCUUAAUGUCUAAGCUUUUAUUUGUACAGUAAACAUGUUUCCAUGUCAUUUUGAGAAUUUUUUAAGUAAACAUUCAAAUAGCUUGCUGUAAAGUUUUGUAUCAUACAAAAUCUGUUACAUACAUGAGAUGCUUCAAUUCAAAUAACAGUGCAGUAACACCUACUAUACCUAAAAAACUGCCAAAUAAUGAAAUGUCAGGUAUUUCACUUCUAUUUCCAGUGCCAGUUUACACAUUUUAAAUUACAUUAAGGGGAAGUCAGUACUAUUAGAAUCUUAAUUUGGUCCAUUUUAAUUGUAAUCUUAAGGACUGUGCUCCUUUGAUCUAUUUAAGCAUGCAUUCAGAAACAAAAAGUAAUAAAAAUGUCAAGUGAUAUGUUUAUUUCUGGAAAAGACACUUAUCCUGGAAGAAAGUAGAAUUUAUUAAUGUAGUUUAAAGUCUGUGCAAUUAAAAAAAAUAAAAACA